CGCAAUACUCUCCUCUCCAUGUUCCAAACAAACACACUCAGAGACAAACAGAGACGGGAUUUAACUCUCUUUUUUACGGGAAAUCUUUCCCUUUUGACGAAUGGUUGACUCUACCGCCGCCCCCUAAAGGCUCUAUACAGGUGAACUCCUAAUUCACUGCACACCGAGGGACUCGAACCGUUGCACCCGAAGGCAACACAUCACUGAGCCGGCUGUCCCAGGCGAAAACAAACAGCCUCGACCAAUCGGCAUCCAGCGUGAGCGUGAUCCAGAGACAGACCCCCUACACCCCCCCCCCCCAGCAGGAGCAGGAGGUAAGCCCCGCCCCCCUGUCAGGAUGAAGAAGCCCUCGGCGGAGAAGGACAGCGACGAGUACCGUCACCGCAGAGAGAGGAACAACCUGGCGGUGAAGAAGAGCCGGCAGAGGUCCAAGCAGAAAGCUGUGGACACUCAGCAGAGAGUGAACGAGCUGAAGGAGGAGAACGAGAGGCUGGAGGCUAAGAUCAAGCUGCUGAGCAAAGAGCUGAGCGUCCUGAAGGACCUGUUCCUGGAGCACGCCCACAACCUGGCCGACGGGGGGCAAGCGCCCGCCAACAGGGAGGGGGACUCAGCCAAUGGGCAGUGAGAACAUUCAGCCAAUGGGGAGAGAGCAGGGGCUACAGGGACCAUUUCUGCAAGAUUCUUAUUCUUCUUUUUCUACUGCGGGCUUCUGUAAGAUAAUCAAUGAAUGACUUUGUUAGAGAGCAGAGCAGGAGGAACAUUCAGCCAAUGGGCAGUGAGAGGGAGGAGCCAAUGGAGAGGAACAUUCAGCCAAUGGGGAGAGAGAGAGCGACAGGGACGAUUUCUGCACUAAACUUUUCUUUUGAGAUCUUUUUCUACGUUUGCGGGCUUCUUCUGUCAGAGAUCCCCAUGAUAGACUCGUUAGGGGGGGGGGGCUCUACCUGGCUCCCUCCCCAACGAGCCAAUGGGCAGUGAGCGGGAGGAGCCAAUGGGAGGAGAGCAGGAGGAACAUUCAACUUCUAAAUCUUCUUUGUGUGCGUCUGCGGGCUUCUUCUGUCAGAGGAUCAAUGAAUGAGUGACAGACCUCGUUAGAGAGCGGUGUUCCUCCCCAGCCAGCCAAUGGGAUGUCUCCGUGGUGGUUCAACCAGCCAAUGGGAUGUCUCCGUGGGAUUUGGGAUUUGGACAGCAGAAUAUUCAGAGGAAUACAUUUGAAUUAACGAGAUUAAAAUGUUCUGAUCCGAGAAAUCAAAGUGGGAAAACUACAAGAAAAAUGCUAAAUGAUCUGAAAUUAAGUUUUUUAAGUUAAUUUGUUACAUUUUCUUGUAAAAAACGCUAUAAAUAUAUUCAACUUUAAUCUUUAAGAUUCUAAAUUAAGCUCUUCCUGGUUCCUCUCCAACCAGCCAAUGGGAUGUCUCCAUGGUGGUUCAACCAGCCAAUGGGAUGUCUCCAUGGUGGUUCAACCAGCCAAUGGGAUGUCUCCGUGGUGGUUCAACCAGCCAAUGGGAUGUCUCCGUGGUGGUUCAACCAGCCAAUGGGAUGUCUCCGUGGUGGUUCAACCAGCCAAUGGGAUGUCUCCGUGGUGGUUCAACCAGCCAAUGGGAUGUCUCCAUGGUGGUUCAACCAGCCAAUGGGAUGUCUCCGUGGUGGUUCAACCAGCCAAUGGGAUGUCUCCAUGGUGGUUCAACCAGCCAAUGGGAUGUCUCCAUGGUGGUUCAACCAGCCAAUGGGAUGUCUCCGUGGUGGUUCAACCAGCCAAUGGGAUGUCUCCGUGGUGGUUCAACCAGCCAAUGGGAUGUCUCCGUGGUGGUUCAACCAGCCAAUGGGAUGUCUCCGUGGUGGUUCAACCAGCCAAUGGGAUGUCUCCGUGGUGGUUCAACCAGCCAAUGGGAUGUCUCCAUGGUGGUUCUUCUGCUGCUGCUUCCUCUCCAACCAGCCAAUGGGAUGUCUCCAUGGUGGUUCUUCUGCUGCUGCUUCCUCUCCAACCAGCCAAUGGGAUGUCUCCGUUCUGUUAUCCCAGAAAUCAAAGUGGCAAAUCUACAAGAAAAAUGCACAAGUUAUCUGAAAAGAGAAAAAAAGGCUUUUUGUUUGUGUUUUUUUUGUCAAUUUGUGUUUUUUCUCUGUAAAAAAACGCCAGAAAAAUAUUCAAACGUUUUCUCUAAAAUGCAAGAAUGAUCUGAGAUCAAGUGGAGAAUGAUAAGGCUUUUAGUUUGUUUUAUUUGAUUGUCAAUGUGUUUUUCUCUUUAUUCUCUAAAAUUGUAAAUGAAUCCAAAAGAAUAAUAUAAUGUUUUCUUAUAAAUGUGUUUUUUUAAUCUGAAACGACCACUUUGAGGCGUUGGGACUCGUUCCUGCACCUCUCCAUGCUCCUCUGUUGCUUUCACUUUUCAAACAUGUUUGAUUCAUAGUCUCCUGAACGAGGAUUCAAAGUGGGUGAAGAAAACACUCGCUAACUCUUUUUAAAACCAUGAAAACAUUACAUCUCACAGAAUAUCUAAUCUAACAUCACAAUAUCCCCGCCUUCAUAUUUAAUCCAUCAAAGCCCCGUUUUCUACAAGAUCUUAUUU